CUGCUAGCAAGCGUCAUCAUGGGCCAGGAAGACAUCUGCCAGUCGUCGUGCGCCAACGUGACGGGCUCCAUGCCCGAGGCGAUGGUGGCGCACCGCACGGCGAGCGGGCGCAACGCCGAGCUCAAGGCGGCGCUCGGCAUGCCGCAGCUGCGCUACCCGACGAUGCACCACGGUGCGUCCAAGAUGUUUGCCGCGGGCGAGCUCUGAUGGGCGCGACGGCAGGAGGCGACGCGGCGUGCGCGUGCGCUGCGGUGGCAUCCCGGCGACGAGGACUACCGGUGGCAGCCAAAGAAGAUCGAGGCCUUUGCUGGCCAGCCCGUCGUCGCCGUGUCGGCUGGAGGCGAGCACAGCCUCGCCCUCACCGACGACGGCGCCGUCUGGAGCUGGGGCUUUGGACUCUUUGGCGAGCUGGGCCACGGCGACCAGCAGAUUCAGCUGCUGCCAAAGAAGGUCGAGGCCUUGGCUGGCCAGCGCGUCGUCGCCGUGUCGGCUGGAGGCGAGCACAGCCUCGCCCUCACCGCCGACGGCGCUGUCUUUACCUGGGGCGAUGGCGGACUCGGCCGCUUAGGCCACGGAGAGGACAUGUCGGACCAGACGCUGCCCAAGAAGAUCGAGGUGUGGGCGAGCCGGCCGAGCACGCCAGCCUACUGGCUGCCAGCCUCUUCUGACGGCAGCGAGGAGGACGAGUAGCUGAAAUCGACGGGAGGAUCGGUUCCUUUCAUUGCGGGCGAGGGAGCGCCGCGCGUCCAGACACCCUCAGACAGCCGCACAGACUGGUGGUCCCGACAGAGACACCCCGGUCCGCGUCGGUAGUUGCGUGGUUCAUGCAUGGGUCCAUGCGGCCGCCUGUGGUGUUCACGCGAGCAUAGUUUUCCAGAGACCCAGUCUCAGAGACGAGAGAGCAUCGUAUUUUUUGCGC